AUGUCUGACAUCUUGAACUGCCUGAACGUCUGUUGUGAGACCGUCAACGGUACCCUUGGUACAGUUUGGCCGUGCUACACCAGAACUCAGCUAGACGGCCUCGCUCUAAUAACUUGUGCUGAGGGUUGCGACGAGUCAGACGAGUACGGCUUCCUCCCAAUGGAGAGGGCGUUGCAGCUUUACGGUAAGCUCACUUGCUGUUCGAUGCCAACACUGAUGACAGCCGCGUCCGCCGCCGCUUCCCGGUCUCCCCACGAUCCUCUUGGUCAUAUCUCUCACGCUACCUCCUCAUCGCUCGCCUCUGAGGCCGCUAUGACCCCCACUGCGAAGAAGAGGAGCUCAGGGGAGAGCAUUCGCACAAAAGUACACGUUAUGCUUGCGCUUUCCCUAGUAGUCGUGGUGCUUGCCUAA